GGAACCGUCGCUUUGUACCUCCCAUUUCCGCCAUGGAGCUAGAAACGCAGCGAGUUCAAUCCAUCGCCUCCCUCCACCUCGACGUGAUCCCGCCGGAGUUCAUCCGGUCGGAGGAGGAGCAGCCGGGUCUCACCACCUUCCGAGGCCCCGUUCCGGAGAUUCCGGUGGUGGAUAUGGGCGGCGGAGAUGAGGAGAAGACGGCGGAGGAGGUGGCUGUGGCGGCGGAGGAAUGGGGUAUAUUUCAGGUGGUGAAUCACGGGGUUCCGGUGGCGACGGUGGCGGCGCUGCAGAGAGCGGGGAGAGAGUUUUUUGAGCUGCCGCAGGAGGAGAAGGAGAAGUAUGCGAUGAAGGAAGGGAGGAUGGAGGGUUAUGGGACUAAGCUUCAGAAGGAGCUCGCCGGGAAGAAGGCUUGGGUUGACUUUUUGUUCCAUAAUGUGUGGCCGCCGGCGAGUGUUGAUUUUUCCGUCUGGCCUGAAAACCCGCCCGAUUACAGGAAGGUAAAUGAGGAAUAUGCUCAGCACCUUCUCACUCUGGUUGAGAAUUUGUUGAAGUGGCUGUCCAAGGGAUUAGGGCUUGAAGGGCAUGUAUUAAAGAUGGCUUUGGGUGGUGAUGAAAUUGAAUAUUUAUUGAAAAUAAAUUAUUACCCUCCAUGCCCUAGACCAGAUCUAGCAUUGGGAGUGGUGGCCCACACUGACCUAUCUGCAAUUACCAUUUUGGUCCCUAAUGAAGUCCCUGGAUUGCAAGUCUUCAGAGAUGAUGUUUGGUUUGAUGCUAACUACAUUCCUAAUGCUCUCAUUAUUCACAUUGGGGAUCAACUUGAGAUCUUAAGCAAUGGAAAAUACAAAAGUGUGUUGCACAGAACAACUGUGAACAAGGAGAAGACGAGGAUGUCAUGGCCGGUUUUUGUUUCGCCGCCGCCGGAGAAGAUCAUCGGCCCACUGCCGGAGCUGCUAGAUGAUGAGAAUCAGGCCAAGUUUAAGUCCAAGAAAUUUAAGGAAUAUAAGUACUGUAAAAUCAACAAGCUGCCACAGUGAUUUAGCAGAAUAAUUCGGUUUUGUAAUAAUAAGUUAUAGUUGAUUUCUAAAACCAAACAAUGCUCUAUUCAUAUCAAUAAAUAACAUUAUGUUA